GGGGGGACAUGUCCCGCCCAUCCAACGGCCGCGCUGCGAACAGAUUCAUUCUCGAAUUCGCCCCCACGGGCUCGACACCCCACCCCUCCCCCCUUUCGAACGACACGAUUCCCCACCACCAUGAACGGAGACAAGCGGAGCCGCGCCGACUACUUCAAGGAGUACCGUCGCCGAAACAAAGCCAAGAUCGCCGCCCAGCAAAAGAAGUACCGCGAAUGCAACAAGGACAAAAUCCACGAGUACAAGGAACGCAAUAAAGACAAGGUGGCUGCAUAUCACAAGGAGUACCGGGAAAAGUACCGGUCGCGCAACUUGGCCCAAAUGAAGCUCUAUUACGAGCGCAACAAGGCGUACUUCAAGGCCUACUACAUUCGCCACAAACAUCUCCACCAUUCGAACACGGCUCCCACCCACGACGAUGUCACACAGGCGCCGUUCGACCUGCACGUGGCCGAACCGUUUGGAAUCAAAGCGGAGGCCGCCGAGGCGUCGCCCAUGAGCAUUGCGUUCCUGCUCAACCCCUGAGCACGUCCGUGCUACGUAUGUAUUUAACUCUUGUAACAUCGUCGCACGAGAUCGCGCUCCCCGGUCCCCCGCGACAUGCCGUUUCCA